GCGCCGCGUAGGCCGGGGAAGCCGGGCCGGCCCGGCUGGUGGCUCGAGCCCCAUGCACCGCCGCCUCCUCCCACGAUGUUCCCCUCCCGGAGGAAAGCGGCACAGCUGCCCUGGGAGGACGGCAGGUGAGCGGCGGCGGCCGGCCCGGGCCCCGUCCUCCCGGGUGCCUAUCCUUUCCGGGCCGCCCCGCGGAAUCUAGGAGCCCGAGGCCGUCGCGUCUCCGUUUCUGCGGGGCUGUCUGAGGGUCUGUGGUUCUCCUCGUGGGUCUCUCUCUGACUGGGGUCUCUGUCUCUCUCUCUGCGGGUCUCUGUCUCUACCAGUCUCCGUCACUCAGCAGGUCUGUAUUUCUCCGUUGAGUCCGCUUUGUGAGUUUCUGCUCCUCUGUGCAAGUGUCUGUCAUUAUGGGUCUCUGUGUUUUUCCACUGGCCUCUGUUUUCAUGCGGGUCUCUGACUCCGUUGACCUCUCUCAGUGGAUCUCUGUCUUUCUUUUUGUCCCUGGGUUCAGAGGGGCUGUAUUCCAUUUCUCUGGUCUCUGCCUCCCCCAUCACAUCCCUGUAGCCUCAGGCCCUACCUUCCCUCGUGCUUCCCCCUUCUUUGCGGACCGCCCAGAAGAAUACACCAGACAGAAGCUCUGUGCUCUGCCUGGCUAGCCACUGCCUGGCCGGGAAUAAGUACUCCUCAGACAUAACAUUAAUUCAUUUCCGGUGCAGCUGUACUUGAAUGUCGCCUGCCCAAUGUGUUAGGUGUGACCCAGACCUUAGCUAGUGAUUACCACUAAAGCAGAACGGGGGUGGGGGAGAGCUAUUUGGCCAUUUAGAUUUGGAAGGACUCCCACACUGCAGUCUUGAGAUGUACCCCCAAAACUCUUCUCACCCAGAACACGAUAGUGGAUCUACCCCUAGUGAAUGACACCUCUUUUCCUUUAUGUCUGUUAAGUCUGCCAGCUGCCAAAAGACUUUGGGACAUAGUGGGCACAACUCUUUACCUUCGGGAAUUUUUCAGACUUGGUGUUGAAGUUAGAAGACAGGAAUAUAGUAGGAAACCAGGACUGUGGAUUUAGGCCUGGACAGGAAUCCUCUUUGAUAGCCAUGUGACCGGAAGCAGACUUAAUCUGUCUCCUCAGCUUUUCCAUCUCUGAAACAGGGAUCAUAAUAUCUACUCUGCAGGUCUAUAUGAGCAUUAAAGGAGAUCAUAUGUAUAUAACUCUUGACACUGUGCUUGGCACAGAGAAGGUGCCGGUUGUCUUACAGUUACUUUUGCAGUUUGGAGGUGCUGUAACCAGAGCAGCUGAGUAUUCAAACCUGUAUCACUAAGAUUUGUGUGAGGGAUGAAAGGAAAGGUUAUGGAGGAGAAUUUCCAUUUCCUAAUUCCUUUCCAUAUACUUUUGGAACACAACCAUGGUCCCACAAAACUUUACUGGUAUCAGUUUGUGCUUUUGACACAGGGGUACAAAGAUCCAUGCAACAGAGGCAGAGUAAUGUAGCAGUUAAGAGUACUGGCUCUGGAAACAGCCUCUCUGGGUUUGGAUCUACCUCUUACUAGCCUUGGACACAGAUUGAUGCAGGAGACAAAAUCCCAUUUGGUCUGAAACGGUGGCCUGGGCUGGUAGCUACUGAGGUUGCAGAUCUGGAGCUUGCCACCAGGUGGCACCAGGAGUAGCUGUUCUCAGUGUCCACUGUCCUGAGGAAUUGGGAUUCAGCUCUGAAUUCUGUUGUUCAGUGAUUUGGGCCCUUGCAGCACAGGAAGAGAGUACCCAUGGGGACGUGAUCCUGGUAGGAGGGGGAAGCUGGACCGAGGAAACAGCAUGUGAAAGUGCGUGGAGUGCCCAGUCCAUGCCAUACCCCUGGGUAAUGGUCACUGCUUCUUCCCCUGAAGGUGCAAUGUUUCCCUGUGUCCAUCUCCCCGGUCUCUACCCCACCCCCAGAAAGAGCCCAGAGGGAGAAUCUGUAGAGGUUCCAGCCUUCCCGGGCCGCUAGGAGGAUUGGCCUGUCCUCAGCGGAAACCCCCACCACAGGACACUGGGGGGUAAGUCAGAAGCCCUGCGGGGGUGUCCUACCAGGCUCCCUCUCUGCUGUGUGUGGAACCCGGGCCUGGCUUCAGUGCUGCUGGCUUCCAGCUUGGCAGUUGUGCCUCUAGAGAGAGGCAGGAGUUGGUCUGGCUUUAGUGUGUGACAAGCAUGCCCUCAAUGCUCAACCCCUUCCCCUAAUUCACGGAGCAAGCCCUCUGCUGUAUGACUCGUGCCAGGGCCACAGCUGUGGGUCUGAAUACCUGUGAGGAUGACAAGCACGGAUGCAGGUCCAGGUUGAUCCCUGGCGGCCUCCCCCGGAAAUGCUCCGUCUUCCACCUUUUUGUUGCCUGUCUCCUUCUGGGCUGCCUCUCCCUGCUCUGGCUGCAGCUCAGUUGCUCUGGGGACGCGGCCUGGGCAGCCAGGGGAAAAGGACAGGAGACCCCUGGCCCAUCCCGGGCCUGCCCGCCAGAGCUCCCCCCUGAGCACUGGGAAGAAGAUGAGUCAUGGGGCCCCCACCGCCUGGCAGUGCUGGUGCCUUUCCGAGAGCGCUUCGAGGAGCUGCUGGUCUUUGUGCCCCAUAUGCACCGCUUCCUGAGCAGGAAGAAAAUCCCGCACCACAUCUACGUGCUCAACCAGGUGGAUCAUUUCAGCCUUGGCGCACUGCACAGGUUCAACCGGGCAGCACUUAUCAACGCGGGCUUCCUGGAGAGCGGCAACAGCACAGACUACAUCGCCAUGCACGACGUGGACCUGCUCCCUCUCAAUGAGGAACUGGACUAUGGCUUUCCAGAGGCCGGGCCCUUCCACGUGGCCUCCCCGGAGCUCCACCCACUCUACCACUACAAGACCUACGUCGGUGGCAUCCUGCUGCUUUCCAAGCAGCACUACCAGCUGUGCAAUGGGAUGUCCAACCGCUUCUGGGGCUGGGGCCGUGAGGAUGACGAGUUCUACCGGCGCAUCAGAGGAGCCGGGCUCCAGCUUUUCCGCCCCUCAGGAAUCACAACUGGGUACAAGACAUUUCGCCACCUGCAUGACCCAGCCUGGAGGAAGAGGGACCAGAAGCGCAUCGCAGCUCAAAAACAGGAGCAGUUCAAGGUGGACCGGGAGGGAGGCCUGAGCACCGUAAAGUACCGCGUGGAUUCCCGCACAGCCCUGUCUGUGGGCGGGGCCCCCUGCACUGUCCUCAACAUCAUGUUGGACUGUGACAAGGCUGCCACCCCCUGGUGCACAUUUAGCUGAGUUGGCUGGACAGUAAGGAAGCCUGUGCCUACAGGCCAUACUGCUAUUCAUGCCCAGGACAAAGCCUCAGGCCCCGGGCCCAGCUCCAAUAGGACAUGGAGUGGCCUGAAGCAGUGGACCGCAAGCCAUGUGUUUGCAGCAGCCCGGCCCCCAGAGGCAGGCUUGAGCCAGGACAGGACACACACAGGGUGCCUGGGACGCUGCCGGCAAUAAAGAGUGAUGGAGAGAGGCUGGGGCAUGGCUCCCCGCUGAGACUCUCCACCCUGCCUUCCUGCUUGCCCUGCCCUACCCUCCUUUGUGUGCUGAGAUCUGCAAGCUUUUGUUCCUUCCCUGGACUGCCUCGUGCAGAGAAACAGUUUAGAAGCUGGGCCACUGACAUGGGUGGCCAGGGCCAUCAGGAGGGUUAAAACUGCAGAGACCAGCGUGCAAGCCCCACAGAAAGGGGCAGCUGAGACCAGCUCUAGCUGGUUGUCAUCAUGUAGGAGUGUGGGCCUGGUGUUGCCAGAUCUGAUUUUUCAAAAGAUACUAGAGUUCUGGAUUCUUGAGUGAAA